AGUGGGACGGUGUAGAUGCUUGAUAGGCAUUGCAAGUGGAUAGGUUGAUUACGCCUUUUCUUCUGGCUCUAGAGCAUGAUCGCCCCUAUAUAGCUUCCCAUCCUCCUGCUUUUUAUGAAAUUUUGAAGAGAAAAGAGAAAAGAAAAGAAAACCCCUUAGCCAUAGCCAUGAAGACUGUGAUUCCAUGGAACACGGUCUGGAUCGUGAUCUCAUGGUACAGUUCAAACAUUGGCGUUCUUCUUCUAAACAAGUACUUGCUUAGCAACUAUGGUUUCAAGUACCCAAUUUUCCUGACCAUGUGCCAUAUGCUUGCCUGCUCUUUGGUAAGCUACUUAGCCAUAGCAUGGCUCAAGGUGGUUCCCAUGCAAAGCAUUGGUUCCAAGAAACAGUUUCUGAAGAUCACAGGGUUGAGCCUGGUUUUCUGCUUUUCUGUGGUUCUUGGAAACGUGUCAUUACGGUAUCUUCCGGUGUCUUUUAACCAGGCCAUUGGUGCCACGACGCCAUUUUUUACAGCAGUUUUCGCGUAUGUAAUGACCAAGAAGACGGAGAGUUGGGUUACAUACGUGACCUUGAUACCUGUGGUUGCAGGAGUGAUCAUUGCCAGUGGGGCUGAACCAAGUUUCCACCUUUUCGGAUUUCUAAUGUGUGUUUCAGCUACUGCUUCAAGGGCGUUUAAAUCAGUGCUUCAGGCAAUUUUGCUGUCAUCGGAAGAGGAAAAGCUCAACUCCAUGAAUUUGUUGAUGUACAUGGCGCCAAUAGCAGUAGCGAUCUUGCUUCCUGCUACUUUGUUGAUGGAGAAAAACGUGGUUGCCAUGACUGUAGCCCUUGCAAGAAAAGAUAUCAAAAUUGUGUACUACCUGCUUUUCAAUUCUUCUCUUGCUUAUUUUGUGAAUUUGACCAACUUCUGGGUCACUAAACACACAAGUGCCUUGACUCUCCAGGUUCUGGGAAAUGCAAAAGGUGCUGUUGCUGUGGUGGUUUCAAUUUUGAUAUUCAGGAAUCCUGUUUCAUUCAUUGGGAUGCUGGGCUACUCACUAACAGGUCUUGGAGUUGUUCUCUACAAUGAAUCCAAAAAGGAAAACAAAUAACAUCUUAUUAAUUCUAAUUCACAAGUUAGAACAUCAUCAGAAGCUGUUCUGCUAUUGUUUAAGCAGGUGCCUGUUGCUUAUGCCUCAAAUUCUGCCAUCAUUUGUUUUUUAGAAACUCGAAAGAGAAGAAUUAGCUGCUUCUAGCUAUGGUUCCAAUUUUCUGGAAUCAAGCAACCAUAUUAUGAAAUAUCGAGUCACAAAUUGCUAUUGAUUUUUCUUUGCUUGGUAUGGUUGAAGCUAGCUCAAUAAGUCUUUUUUGCUUUGUUUGAACCUUUUUUGGGCUUCAAUUUUAUCAUCAUUACGUCAGAGGUGUAUCUUGAUCAUGUCAAACAAAACUGUUAGAACAAAAUGUUAUAUAAGUUCAACUGACUCUUUUUCAUCCACAUGUAUAAAUCAUUGAAAUGUUUCUUCACCGGAUUUCAUUUGAAGACUUCUGGUUACAAUUAGUACAUCAAUUUGGAUGAUUUUAUAUACAGAAAGAUUAAAAUAUAAUAACUUCGAAUAAUUGGAGAUUCAACUAAAAAUCAAAAUAAAGUUUAACUCAAAGUUUAAGAAUCAUAACUGCUAUCAACUUAUUUUUUAUUAAAACAAUAGAGAAAUUGAACUGUUGAAUGUCUUAGAUGAUUUUCUUCAGGCCAAAAGAUGUAUGCUGAGAAAGAAAUCACUAGUAAAUUACCUGAGAGCCUUGUCAUUGGCUGUGGUUUUCUUCUUUUACAUGCAUAAAAGGACAUUAGUUCCAGUCUUCAACCAUGAAGUUGGAACCUCGAAUCACCAGCCUGAUGGGCUAACCAUUGCCAAGUGGUGACCAUGUGGAAAACCAUAUUCUUCAGGCUUUUAACGAGUCUUUUAUGGCUGCCAAUCACAGAGCAUACAUCUUGACUUAUUCCCACCAAAAGCUUACUUGGUAAUUCCAUCCGAAUAGGCCCAAUGGCAAGCACGACAUCCACUAUCAAGGUGACGUCGUUUUAUGGUCGAAUUCGCCGUGGGUCGGUAGAAU